AUGUUUCCUCUGGAAGAGAUUACACACAGCACUUGCUCUCGUUGCCCGGGUCAGCAUCCUCACACUAUACUUUACAGCAUCUUGAGCGGGAGGGAGAGUGGCUACCUCGACACCAAACUGAACCAGAACACAGCAGCACACAGCUGCCACUGCGAGCAGCGGAGGACUGUUUGCCUGAAGGACCCGAAGACCACAUGCCAAGUUGCCUCCGGCGUGCUGGUCAAAACCAUCUGCUUCAUGAGAGGUUUGCCAUCUUUCAGUCAGCUUCCCUUAGGAGAUCAGUCGUCGUUGUUAAGACACUGCUGGGUUCCUUUAUUUGUUCUGGGGCUUGCUCAAGAGAAGAUAGCCUUUGAAGUGACUGAUGCACCAAAUUCAAGUAUCCUUAGACAGAUUCUGCUUGGACCAGGACUCACUGAGGGUGAGGCUCACCGACCAACCCUUGCCGGAGUCCACAGAUUGAGGACUUGCUUGCGUUAUCUGUGGAAGCUGGAUCUCAGUCCGAAGGAAUAUGCUUACCUGAAGGGUGCUUUGUUGUUUAACCCAGCUGUUCGAGGAUUGAGUGCCUCGUUGUCAAUUGAAGGGCUCCAACAGGAAGCUCACAGAGCUCUCCAAGAAGUCAUCCGCCUCCUGCACUCAGAGGACACUGUUCGCUUCAGCCACAUCCUUCUAGCAGCUUCCGGCAUUCAGACUGUCAGCCACAGCCUGGUCACAGAGCUCUUCUUCAAGCCAGUUAUUGGCAACACAAAUAUGUCACAUUUAUUAACAGAGAUGUUGUUUUUGCAAUCAGAUCCCAGUGAGAAAGCCUUAUAUAUGUAA